CUUACUUGUACGAUGCUGGCCAAGGACCUGCAAGAGAAGUUCCUGCUAAAAAUGCUAUAACACAGCAAAUUAGUAUCCAAUAUUUAUCCAGAAUUGUAUCCAUAUCGCCAGUUUGUUUAUUCGCAAGUCAUAAAUGCUCUAUUUAUGAUUUAAAAUCCGGUUAUGGCGGAAGUUCUUGAGAAAUUACCACAAGGAUGUGAUCACACAAUUGAUAUAUUAAACAGACUACCAACUGAAGUUUUCUCAGAUAUUUGCCAUGAUGUUUUAUUUUUUCUACAGUUUAAAAUUCCAGCCAUUGAUGUUGAAUCACUGAAAGAAAGAUUUGAAGAGAACAACAUUCAUAUUGAAGAUAAAGAUCUGCAAAGUAUUCUACACAUACUCAAAUAUAUAUACAGAUCUGCAAGUAAACUGAGAGUUCAUCAUGACAGCUUGAAGAAGCAACUUUUGUCAAGUUUAAAAUUUACAGAAGAAACAUCAGAGAAUAUAGCUCAGAACUGGAAAGAAUAUGGAGAUGUAUUGAGGAGUGAUCAUAGUUUUCCAAUGUUUGAUGUAGGAAAGCUUAUAGAUAUGCAGUGGAAAUUAGGAGUUGCUGUAAGCUCUGAUGACUGCAGGAAUCUCAAUUCAACAUUUGUUGCUAUGACCUUAAAAGUAGCAGAUACAUCAGGAAACCUAACAUCACAUGCCUUUGAAAUGACCAUUCCACAGUUUAAGAAUCUCUCAAAGCAGCUACAAGAGAUGGCAAAAAGUAUGGAGAUGGUAUGACAGUACAGCAAAAGACAAUAUUUUAUUUUAAUUUAUAUCAUUUAGAUCUGAUUGUUUUUAUUUAUAUUUGUUAUAUAGGUAUUUAGACAUAUCAUACAUGUGGUUAUAAACACAGCUUUUUGUAUUCAUAUUUGUCACUAAUUAUCUACUGGUAUUUAGUUACACCAACAUAAAUUUAUAAGAACAGCAA